AUGCUGAGCGCAGUCGCUGCCCGCAAAGCCCCCGGAGUCUCGACCCGCGCCCUCUCUCAAAAGCCCCCCUCAAAGCGUAAACCACCCCCACGGAACGACUUCGCGAACAAACGGAAGAAGGAUCAGCACCGAAAGCCGUCCCCCGCACGUUACUUCGCCUCGCCACCCACGCCCGACGCGUUCUCCGCGCAGGACGAUCUCAUCGCCGUCGACGAUGCCGACUCAGACUCGUCCGCAUCCUCAUCUGACGUGAACAUCGGCACUGUCAACUUUAGCAGCGCCGCGCCCUUGGCCGACUCUUCAGACGAAGAGCAGGACGACAUUGCUCCGUACGCCUUCAACCACCCGCCCCAUCCACUCAACCCGCCGCCGAGGACGAAACACCCACUCCACUGUCCACGUUUCGGCCCGUCCUCACAAAACGUCUUCUACCUCGAACCAAACGAGGUCUCGUACGGCGAUCCCUCUCUCAAGAGCACAUUGCUCCUCCUCGACCCGCACGUAUCGCUGGUUGUCAUUCAAGGCUCCAUCUCCCUCGCUGGAGUGCAACUCUUUCCCUCCUCCAUCUCACAUCCUGUCUUCGCCCCGCGGUCAUCUCCCAUUCCCAUCAUUCAAGACUCCUCUCUCGUGCCCCCGCCCGUCCCUCCGCCACACUCCCCUGCCUACCAGAGUGGCUCUUCCGCCUCCACCACGGCGCCGCGAUUCUCAUACAAGGCUCCACACCGGCGUUCAAGGGCUGGGCAGGAUCUGCAGACGUUUGACGGGGUCUUUGCGCCCUCGCGAUGGCAUCGUAGCCAACUGUGGUUCGACUUAAUGCUCGACAGCGUGUACUUUCUGCCUCACCGGACACCGGACGUCUUCCCUUUCGUGGUGCCUCCGUCAUGGGAGGAAGCCAUUGGCUCUGUGCUGCCCGGGAUGGCAGAGAAUUGCGCGACGUCGGCGAAUCGACAAGUGUACUUGGUCAAAGGACCUAAGAAUGCUGGAAAGAGCAGCUUUGCCAAGCUGGCCGUUAACAAGCUGCUUGGGAGGUUCCAGCGUGUGGCUUACCUGGAAUGCGACCUGGGGCAGUCCGAGUUCACGCCGGGUGGGAUGGUAGCCAUCCAUAUUCUCGAGAGCCCUGUUUUUGGGCCAUCCUUCACGCAUCCUAGCGUCCCAUAUGCAUCGCAUUACGCAGGGACUACGUCUCCACGCACUUCACCAUCAUUUUACCUGGAGUCCAUUCAAGCCCUCGUGCAGCUCUAUCACCUCGACGUAGAAAAUGCGACUCUGGACGAAGACGCGAUGUCAGAUGUAGAUGAUAACGGCCGUAUCACUUCGUCCAUUCCACUCGUAGUGAACACUAUGGGUUGGACGAAAGGUCUGGGAGCUGAUCUCGCGCGAAGGGUCGAAGAAAACGUCGAGCCUUCCCACAUCUUCGCCUUCGACACCCACAGGGACGAAGAGCUGACAUACCCUCGGGCGGCAUACGAUGGUCCCAUGAAUGUGUCCCUCCGCACGCUGGAGUGCAUCUCCCUGACCCAACAAUCAACCACCUUCACCGCCGCGGACCACCGGAACCUCAACCUCCUCUCCUACUUCCACGCAGUCUUCCCCACCUCCCCGUCGACAUCGCCGUACCCAUCCCUCACCGCGACAAAAUGGUCGACUUCCCUCCCCCUCUGCGCCCAACCCCCCUUCGAGCUCGACGUCGCCGCCGCCCUCGACCGCAUCAUCCUCUCCGGCACCGGCGCCGAAGACGUCGUCCCCUCCGAGCUCCCCCGCGCCCUCCCCUGCGCCCUCGUCGGCCUCGUCGCCUGCGACCCCGGCGCGCUCGACCCCGCCCCACCCCCACCCACCUCCCUCCCGUACAUCCAAGGCGCGCCCCCGCCCCCACCGCACCAGUCCCGCUGCCUCGGCCUCGCGCUCGUCCGCGCCGUCUCCCCAUCCGCGUCCACGCCCGCGCGCCUGCACCUGCUCACCCCCGUGUCGCUCGGGGGCGCGGCGCCCGCGCGGGUGCUCGUGCAGGGCGAGCUGCAGCUGCCGGUGUGGGGCCUGCUCGACGCGCGCACGCUCGACGGCGUCGGCGGCGGGGACGUUGCGGGCGUCGAGCGCGCGCGCGUGCCCUUCCUCCGCUGGGGCAAGGGUGAGGGCGUGGGCGGGGAGCGGCGGCGCGUGCGCCGGAACCUGAUGCGGCGCGGGCAGAUGUGA